AUGGCUCAAUCAAAAUCAACGCAAGCGGCGUCCGUCGCUAUAUUUUGCCCACAGAGCAAAGCACCAGAUAGUGCAUACCUAGACCAACUACGGACAUUCUUUAUGCAGCACCCCGAACUACGCAAGCUAGCAGCUGAAGUCCAGCGGUUGGGAGAAACGUGGGACAUUCUUGCUGCGCGCAGAGCCGACAUUGCGGCGCUGCAUCAAGGGCCCAGAUACCUACAAGCACUGCACAGCUGGGUGGAAACAGGCGCUUCAGAACCAGUGGCCAAUGCCAUGUCAGGGAUUCUGUCACUGCCCCUGCUGGUAGUCAUUCAGACAUGCCAGUAUUUCCAGUACCUGAAGCUUGCGGGCCUGACACAUGCGGAGUUUCUGCGUGGCCUGGAGACAGGAGGCGCACAGGGAUAUUGUGGUGGUCUUCUCCCCGCCAUGGCGGUUGCAUGUGCCAGGGAUGAGGAAGAGGUGGUGCGCAAAGCGGGAAUUGCAAUGCGUGUUGCUCUUGCCGUGGGUGCAUAUGGCGAGUUAGGUGACGACGAGAAUCUGCCUGGACCGACGACAAUUGUCCUUCGUCUUCGACAUGAAGGACAAGGUGACGAUAUAGCGAGGAAGUUUCCUGGAUCGUACGUGUCUGCGGUCACCGACCCCAAGACCGUAAGUAUUGUCGGCCCUGUUCCCACCCUUGAGAAGGUCAUUGUUUAUGCACGAGAGCUGGGCCUCCAGGCACAAGGCAUGCACCUCAGGGGUAAGGUGCACAAUCCAGAGAAUGCUGAACUAGCGCGGGAACUGUGCGGAUUGUGUGAUGAGUUUGAGCAUCUCACACUGCCGACCAGCGACGAACUCCAAGUACCCAUAUACUCCAACAUCACUGGCCGGCGGCUGCAAGGCUGCUCCCUCACACAUGAAGCCGUCAAGACCAUAUUAGCAUCGCGAUGCGAGUGGUGGACGCUCCUCAACGAGCUCGCAUCCGCACUCCAGUCAACCGGUGUUCAGUCGUACACCUUUGGCAUGUUUGGCAUUGGUGACUGCGUACCACUGAUGCCUUUUCACCAGGCGAGGCUCAAGGUUUCCAAGAUUGAUAUCCAUCGCACCAUCCGCGAAGCAGAGCUCAGUCACUACACGUACCCAGAAGAUGCCAUUGCGAUUGUGGGCGCCGCGUGUCGACUCCCCGGUGCCAGCAACCUAGAAGAGCUCUGGGAUCUCAUGGCAGGUGGCGUUUCCAGAGCAGAGGAGAUUCGACCAGACCGCAUACCAUUGCAUGCAAGCUUCCGGGCCGAGCAGGAUCUCAAGUUCACUAGCCGGCGAAAGUUCUUCGGAAACUUUGUCGAUGGGGUGGAUGGUUUCGACCAUGCUUUUUUCCGCACAAACCCCAGGGAGGCCGCGUAUAUGGACCCACAGCAACGCGUUUUGCUCGAACUAGCGUACCAAGCCAUGGACUCGAGUGGCUACCUCCGAUCCCACAAGCGCGACAACGGUGACAACAUAGGUUGUUUCAUAGGCGCUUCUUUCAACGAAUACCUCGACAAUACUUCAGCACAUGCCCCCACCGCCUACACGUCAACCGGCACUAUCCGGGCAUUCCUCUGUGGCAAGAUCAGCUACUACUUCGGAUGGAGCGGCCCGGCGGAAGUCAUCGACACGGCAUGCUCGGCUUCGCUUGUGGCAAUCCAUCGUGCGUGCCGGGCCGUCAUGAGUGGAGAGUGCACCCAGGCGCUAGCAGGGGGUGUCAACAUCAUGUCUGGCAUCAACAACUUUAUGGACUUGGGCAAAGCUGGCUUCCUUAGUCCGACCGGACAAUGCAAGCCCUUUGACAAGGCUGCCGACGGGUAUUGUCGCGCUGAUGGCGCGGGGCUUGUGGUGCUCAAGCUGCUGCGCCACGCGCGAGCUGAUGGCGACAACAUCCUUGGUGUCAUUCCUGGCGUAGCAACUAACCAGGGUGGACUAUCGACUUCCAUUACUGUGCCACACUCACCGGCGCAGAUGACACUAUACAAGCGCAUCCUCAAGCAGGCGGGCAUGAAGGCGGAGCAGGUGUCGUACGUCGAGUGCCACGGGACCGGCACGCAGGCUGGCGAUCCGCUAGAGAUAGCUUCAGUACGCGAGGUAUUUUGUGGCGGUGAUCGGCAAGGAAAUUUGCAUGUCGGAUCUCUCAAGGGCAACAUUGGACACUGUGAGACGGCCGCCGGCGUGGCAUCGCUGCUCAAGGUGGUUGCCAUGCUGCAGAAGCAGCGCAUUCCGCCUCUUGCCAGCUUCAAGUCUCUCAACCCCAAGAUUCCAGCGUUGGCGCCUGACAAGAUGGCGGUUGCUAAACACGUGGAAGAAUGGAAUGCUCCCCUACGCGCGGCAUGCGUUAACAGUUACGGUGCAGCCGGCAGUAAUUCUGCCCUUCUGUGCGUGGAAAUGAAGCAGAGAAAUGCUGCUGGGGCUGGUGGAGAAGGUGGCGCAGCUGCCCAGGCAACUGCUUGGCCAAUUGUCAUGAGUGCGGCUAGCAAAGAGUCUUUGUCACGAUACUGCCAUGCCUUGGACGAGUACUUGGGUAAAACUCCAGAUGUAUCGCUCGGCGACUUGAGCUUUACGCUGGCAGAGCGCAAGCAGCGCCAUCGCUUCCAGCUCUUCACGACCGUGUCCGAUAUGAGUACUCUCCGCGGGUUGUUGACAAACCCUCAACUGGAAGCCAGCAUCAUCGAUGUGACCAGCACGUCUUGCCCUGUUGUGCUGGCCUUUGGUGGACAAAGCAAGCAGACAGUGGGGCUCGACAAAGGGUUGUAUCAAAGCAGCCCCCGGCUUCGAGCUUACAUCGAGGAGUGCGACAAGCUGCUCGUCGACAUGGGAUACUCGAGCAUCCUGCCCGCUGUCUUCUCAUCAGAGCCUCUCGCCGACGUGGUUGUACUACAGACGGCCACGUUUGCGGUUCAAUAUGCCUCGGCAAAAUGCUGGACAGACGCAGGGGUACGAGUCGGGGCGGUUGUCGGACACAGCUUUGGAGAGCUCACAGCGCUGGCAUUCUCAGGCGCCCUUAGUCUGCGCAGUGGCCUGAAGAUCGUGGCGGCGCGUGCGAAGCUGAUGGCGACGAAAUGGGGCCAGGAGACAGGCACCAUGCUAGCCAUUCACGCAACGCGAGACGUUGUCGAACAAGUGAUACAGAAGGUAGGCGGCAGCGAGCUUGAGGUGGCGUGCUACAACGCCGUGGCAAGCCAGGUGGUUGUGGGAUCGGCCGCCGCAGUGUCACGUGCCGAGGCCCUACUGGCAAGUGAUGCGCGAUUCAGCAGUGUGCGUAGCCAGCGAGUUGAUGUCUCGCAUGGCUUCCACUCCAAGUUCACCGAGCCGCUGCUGGAUGAGCUCUCGACGGUGGCUGAGUCUUUGGUCUUUGGGGAGCCGAGGAUUGCGCUCGAGAUGUGCGUGCCUGACGAGUGCGCAAAGCAGAGUCCCGGUCCUUCACGGAUUGUCCAGCACACGCGUGAGCCCGUCUAUUUCGUCGAUGCUGUCCGCCGCAUCGAAGCACGGCUAGGGCCCCAUUGCGUGUGGCUCGAGGCUGGCACAGAUGCGCCCAUCAUUCCCAUGGUCAAGCGAGCUGUGGUCCAGCCGGCACAGCAUGUCUUUUUCGGAAUGCGGUUCGCGGGUGCUCAGAAUGCAGCGACGGUGUUGGCAGAUGCGACGACGGGCCUGUGGCGUGAAGGACUCGACGUCUCCUUUUGGCCGCAUCUUGGCGGCCCUGCUGAGUCAGGACUAAGUCACGUGUACACUCCGCCCUACGAGUUUAUCCGCACGCCACACUGGGUCGUCAACAUCGACCGCGCUGCCGAAGCCCGCACCCAAAAAGAUGAGAAGCCGACGAUCCAGCCAGAGGCGCCACCGCGAGCACUUCUUGUUACCCAACAAAAUCCGGGCUCAUUGACCUUCACCGUCAAUAUUGCGGCGGACCGCUUCCGCGACAUUGUCAGCGGCCAUGCCGUUCGUGGUCGUCCGCUAUGCCCGGCCUCCAUGUACAUGGAGUGCGCCGUCAUGGCUCUGCAGUGUCACCUUGGUGCCCGCUUUGACAAAACAUGUGCUCUAUCAUUUGAGAAGCUCACCUUUGAGCAUCCCCUGGGUGUCGACCUAAGCCGCCAUGUCGAGGUGGUGCUGACCGAGGCUGGUACCGGGUUGUGGAACUUCCAACUACGAAGCUCAGCCAAGUCGUCUACCAACUCCAAGUUCUCGACACACGGUCGUGGCAAGGUCCGACUGGGCAGUCCUCCACAGCUGCAAACGUACAAAUACCUUGUCGCCGGGUGCGUCCAGGAUGUCGACAUGAAGGUCGGCACAGAGACACUGCUGUCCAAACGCGCAUACGGCUUGUUCUCGCAGGUCGUCACCUAUGCUCCCCUUAUGUGCGGCAUCCAGUCAAUCACCAUGGACGGUACUCGGGCUGUUGCCAGCAUCAAAGUUCCAACCCCUUUUGUUGGUUCCGACGAGAGCUCCGCCAUUUCUAUCUGUGAUACCGUCUCAAUCGACACCUUCAUCCAGGUUGUGGGCCUUCUCAUAAACAGCAGCGAUGCCUGCAUUCCUAACCAUGUUUUCGUCGCCACUAGCGUAGAGAGCGCCACGCUGUCUCAAGCCUGUGACUUCACUGCUGCGGACACCUGGAAUGUAUACGCAGUAUUUAGAUCCACCAGCGACACAACUGCCACAGGCGACGUCUUUGUCAUGACCACUGAAGGCGCCAUGGCUCUGACAAUCAUGGAUGUCAACUUCACUCGAUUGCCCAUAGCGACUUUGGAGAAGCUGCUAGACACAGCAAACUCUGCGCCUGCGGACAAAAAAGAAAAGGCCUCCAGAAAACACACUCCUCCAGCAGUCCCAAGCCGCCGCGAAGUGCCCGCUUUGGAGCUAGUAGAUGAGCAUCAAGAGUACAGCAGCUCUAGUAGCGAAGACGGCAUCCUCACUCCACCCGGAGAGCCAGAUGACAGCAGUUUGCGCAAGAUGAUCGCUAUGUACACGGGUGCUUCGAUGGAUUCGAUCGCUGAACAAGCUACAAUGGCAGACUUGGGCGUUGACUCUCUAGCCGCCGUUGAGUUUGCCGAGGACCUACGCUCACAAUUUGGCAAGGAUAUUGAGUCAUCCGACCUCCUUUUGAGCGAUCUUGGGGCCUUGAUUAAGCUUUGCGUGACUACAGUACCAAAGCCGUCGCUGAAGAAGUCGAUAAAAAGCAGUCAAGUCCGAGAGGAAUCUGUCGUCUCAGCCCCUGUAGCUGUAGACAGUGCUGGCCGACAACGCCUCCUCCAAAUUGUCUCAGAUGCUUGUGGCGCCCCUACAUCUGACAUCAAAGACUCACAAACGCUUCGCGAUUUGGGUGUUGACUCCCUGGCAUCGGUAGAGCUCAGCAGUGACCUCGAGAAUGCAUUUUCCACCCAGAUUGAUGAGAACGACGUGACUCUCGAUUCCACCAUCGCUGAGAUCUUGAGCUAUCUAGGAAUUAAUAGUGCAAGCAUGCAAGCCUCAUUCGCCAUGCCUGCCCUAACGGCGAUGCCUAAUUCGGCACAUAUUACCGAGUCCCGCUCUUCAGUUGCAGCGGUUGCUCCUCAGGGGCAAUCCAGUGCCAUCCGCCAGCGCGUGCUGCAGAUUAUAUCAGAUGCUUGUGGUGCGCCUCCCGAAGCCAUGAACGACAACGAAUUGCUUCGCGAUCUCGGCGUCGACUCGCUAGCAGCAAUGGAGCUCAAGAGUGAGCUCGAAGAUGCCUUUGACGUUGAGCUGGAUGACGAUUUGCUCGAUUUAUCCGUCUCGGAGACUGUCAAGAGCUGCGGAGGUGCGUCUACAGAGCUUUUUAAUGUCCCAACAAUCUCCAACAAGACGACCGCUAGUCUCAUUCCGUCCCCUAAGCCCGUCCACCAGAAGUCACCCACAAUGCCGGCUGACAUGAAAAGCCCAUUCGAAUCUCUGCUCAUCAAUGAGGGCGUCUAUGCAGCCAAGGCAAGGAAAUGUGGAUUCGAGAACUUUGGGACCAAGGUAGCUCCCAGACAAGAUGAGCUCAUGCUUGCCUAUAUUGUUGAGGCCUUUAUCGAGCUCGGCGUUGAUCUUCGUACAUUGAAAGAGGGUGAAUCGCUGCCAACACUUGCAUAUCGAAGCAAGCAUGCCUACAACCGACUUAUGGAAAGAAUAUGGGUCAUCCUGGGCAAACAUGGAUUGGUGAACACAAUCGGUACAUCAAACCGCGUACGAGGGUCCGCCAGGUGUCCUGAAAGCUCUUCGACUGAGCUUCUCUCGAAGAUCCGGCAAGAUUUCCCUGCGUACCAGUGCGAGUUUUCCUUGAUGAACUUGACCGGCUCCCAGCUCGGCCAAUGCCUUGGUGGAAAACAGGACCCGAUUGCUCUCAUGUUCAAGACCCAGGACGCGCAAUCCAUCAUGGAGGACUUUUAUCUCAACUCCCCCAUGCUUGCCACUGCCACAGAGAUGCUUGUAGACACUGUCGCUGAUGUUGUCUCCAAGUUCAAGGCCAACAAUCCUGUCAACAUUCUCGAAGUCGGAGCUGGCUUUGGAGGAACAACAAGAAAGCUUGUGCAAAGUCUGAGCAAAUUGGGCCGAUCCGUCAACUACACCUUCACAGACAUUUCUCCCACGCUCGUCGGUCGCGCAUUGAAGGUGUUUGCAAACCAAUACCCAUGGUUGCAAUUCCAAACCUGGAACAUGGAACACAACCCCCCAAGCGCACUCUCCGCAAGCGGUCCUUUUGACAUCAUCAUCGGUACCAACUGCGUUCACGCUACCCAAGAUCGCACUGCCACAUUGAACCGCCUGAAGCAAUUGCUUCAGCCUUCAGGCUUUGUCGUUCUUUCAGAAGUGACGGAGAUUGUAGACUGGUACGACAUCACCUACGGCCUACUCGACAGCUGGUGGUCCGACAAAUAUGGUUGCUACCCUCUCCAGUCUGCUGAAACUUGGAUGAAAUGCUUCGCGGACUCUGGGUUCAGCGUUGCAUCGUACUCGCAAGGCCCCAAUGCGGACUUGAGCAUACAGAGACUACUCAUUGGCAGCAUGAGAAAAGACAUUGAAGCCCCAAAGCGCGUGCUCUCACGACCAAUUUUGGAAACUGUUGUCUACAAGAAGGUUGACGGUGUGGAAGUCCACGCCGACGUUUUCUAUCCGAAGCCGCCGCCUGCCAACGCCAUGCCGAUUGCCCUCAUGAUCCAUGGCGGUGGCCACAUGACUCUUUCCCGCAAAGCAGUACGCCCUGUGCAGACCAACUUCCUCCUCCAAAAUAACAUCCUUCCCGUAAGCAUAGACUAUCGCUUAUGCCCUGAAGUCAACCUCAUCGAUGGGCCAAUGGCAGACACACUGGAUGCGUAUAAGUGGGCCACAACCGCCUUGCCCAACUUGGCACGAGCAAAGGGCAUUGUAGUCGACCCUGAGAGGGUGGUGCUCAUCGGAUGGUCCACUGGAGGUCACCUUGCCAUGACAACUGCAUGGACGGCCAAGUCCGCCGGCAUGAAGCUCCCCAGUGCCAUUCUCAGCUUCUACGGCCCUACAGAUUUUGAGUCUGGAGAUCUGGAUAAGCGCCGCGCAGAAGAGUACCCAGAAAGAACAAUGAAGAUGAAGGAGAUCAUCAAGGCAUUGCCAAAGAAGCCGAUAACUCAAUAUGACGGCAAUGGUACUGAUGCUACUGGUCUGGGUUGGGUUCGUCCUGGAGAUCCUCGCUCUGAGCUCGUCCUGUCGCUUUUCAAGGAGGGCAAUGGUCUUCCGCUUCUUCUGAACGGCCUACCCCGAGCCAGCAACGAAGGAGACUGGUCGAAUGAUUCUGUUUCAGAAGACUCUGAAGACAGCUUUGAAGAAGGUGAUGAUGCCUGGCUCCGCACGCCCGACGCCGAAUGCGUCGCAGCUAUUAGUCCGCUCGCACAGUUGCGCCGCGGCAACUACACAGUCCCGACCUUUCUUAUCCACGGCACCAGGGACGAAGUCGUACCCUAUCACGCCGCCGUCGCGUUCUCGAAUGCUCUGAGCGCAGCGGGUGUUGAAGGGCAAUUACUCACGGUGCAGGGUGCUAGACACAUCCACGACGUGACGCUGAAGACGGGCACCAAGCAGUGGAAUGAGACGGUGGCGCCUGGCUACGAAUUUCUCCUACAGAAGUUGCGAUGCUAA